GAGCAAACGUAUUCGUGCUAGAGCAGCUGCUGAGCAAAGGAAAGAGAUGCUGCUGCUGAUUAAUUGCAGAAUUUUUGCCGAAAGUACUCGAUAAAGUUUUGUGCAGAUUAAUGGACAGCAGUGUAAAAUUGGUGUGAUAAAGCUUCAUUUGACAGCAGAUCGAAGAGACCGACCUUUUCCGAUUGCAGACAUUUUCUGGUAAUGUUACCAAUUUCCCAUUCUGAGCAGAAAUAUGAAAAGAUACGAAACCAUUGCUUGAGCAAGUGAAUACAUACGGGCAAGAGAAAGUGGUACCUCAAGCGGUGUGUUUGACUAAAAUAAAAGUGGAAAAACAAUCGUCUUCGCAAUAACACCGUGCGGAACAUGGCUGGAAGUAUUAAGCAAGAGGAUGUUUGCUACGUAGUGGCCAAAUACGACUACGCUUCGCAAGGUGCCCAAGAGCUGGAUUUGAGGAAAAAUGAACGUUAUCUUUUGUUGGACGACAGCAAGCACUGGUGGCGAGUACAGAACACGCGCAACCAGUCCGGCUACGUGCCUAGCAAUUACGUAAAGAAGGAGAAAAAAUCGGUCUCGCUGUUCGAUAGCUUCAAGAAAAAGGUCAAGAAAGGUUCGGGCAGCAAAACGUUACCGAACUGCUCACCCUCUCGACAGGUUGACAGUCCUACCAUGAGCCGGCGACUACCACCGGAUCCGUCGGAAGCGAUCGCUUCCACCCCGAUAGGAUCUGCCAUAGUCAAAUACAACUACCAGGCGCAGCAACAGGAUGAACUGUCGCUGACGAAAGGCACACGGAUACUGAUAUUGGAAAAAUCAAACGAUGGAUGGUGGCGCGGCCAGAGCGGGUCGGCCACCGGUUGGUUCCCGAGCAACUACACUACGGAAGAAAACGAAGACGACACCCUGCAUACGUACGCGAUGGCGGAAAAUGUGCUAGACAUUGUCGUUGCCCUUUACUCUUUCAAUUCGAACAACGACACUGAGCUAUCGUUCGAGAAGGGCGAUCGGUUGGAAAUCCUCGAUCGCCCCGCGGCUGACCCCGAGUGGUACAAAGCACGCAAUAAUAACGGACAGAUUGGGCUGGUGCCGCGAAACUAUCUUCAGGAGUUGUCGGAAUAUUUGGCGCAACCGUUUAGAAGCAAUGGCAGUGGUCCGGACUCUCUCGACCGCCGGCCUAACGACGCGCAAUCCAACAACAACAAUUCCAACACGAACAAUAGUAACAAUAACAACUCGCAGCAGCCGGAGCGACCCCAUCUAACCGGCAAAAGCUGGUACUAUGGUGCCAUAACGCGAAGUCAAUGUGAUACGGUGUUGAACUCUCACGGACAUGAUGGUGACUACUUAAUUCGCGAUAGUGAAACAAAUCUGGGAGACUACUCAGUAUCGCUGAAGGCACCGGGACGCAAUAAGCACUUCCGCGUGCACGUCGAAGGAAACAUGUACUGCAUUGGGCAGCGUAAGUUUCACACUCUCGAUCAGCUAGUGGACCACUACCAAAGAGCCCCCAUCUACACCAACAAGCAGGGCGAAAAGUUAUAUCUUGUGCGACCAUUGCCCAAAGCCAAUGGUACCUAAGCUUGACUGGAGUAUGCAGAUAAUGCAUAAGUUCAAUAUUUCUCCGAAUCAUCGUAGACAAUUGUGAUCCGGUUAACGAUAGGGCGGCACGGAAGGCGAACGAGUUCGUAGUAGUGUAAGGGCGCUAAGGAAUGAACAAUAUUAGCUAUCGCUUCCGAUGAGAGUAUACUGCUUUGGCUGGAUUCCUCAAAUAGAAGCUUUGCUCGAUUCUUGUAGCUGGAAACGUUCGUGGAAAUAUUGUUCGUUUUUCUUUGUUUUAAGAUACUCAUAUGCUAUUUACUCGUUUUCGUAAGAUUUUAAUGAGUUGGUUAUUUGUUUUUAUAAUUUCGAAAUCGAGUUUUAACCUCUUUAAAAAAAUUCGCAGUUUUGAAAAAAGUUUGAUGAAUGAUAAAUGAGAAAAAGCAAGAAACUCAAUGUAGCAUUUUUAAUCGAAAUGAAGAUAGCUAUAAUAGAAAAGCUGAUUUGAAUUCAAGAAGGCACAAUCGAUUCACGCGUUGUACGGUCAUCGCGUCAAUGGCGAUGAUUUGCAACCGACAGGUCUUUCGAAACACGAACGAGAUGAAGUAAUGAUAAUUAGUAAUGAGAUAGUAAUUUAUUUAUUUUAGAACAACCUAUCAUCCACAUAUAAAAGCCGUGCCCAUCAAAUCCACAAGCGUCAUGGUGGUCGUUUCCCAAUACGUCUGUAUGCGCGGUGCUCUCUUUUGUUCUUUCGCUUAUCGCAUAGUUGACUGAUCUAUAUAGAAUCGUAAUGCUCGAUAAACUUGUAAAAAGAGUUAGAAUGAACCUCUUUAGUUACUUGGACUAUCUUCUUCAAAUUGUUUAAAUGAUUUAAACCUAUUCCUCCAAUUCAAAGCGAUGUUUAUUUUUACGAUCAACUCUAGCCUAUUCUUACAUCACUAUAAAUUAGUUUUGUCUGUGAAAAAGAAAACGAGGAAGCACUUGUAUGAGGUAAGAAUAACUCGAAAUAUGAUUUCACUUUUUCAUAUUCUUUGAAUCUUCGUUUUGCUGUUUGAAAAUACGUCCCGAUCGGGAUAAUCCUCUUGAUGGGAGGGUUAUGGUUUUACCUUUUUCCGUAACCUUUGCUAUCGAAAGCAUUUUUUGCCAGUUAACUUUGUACUAAUUUGUUUCUUUCAAGAAGUAAUCACGAAACAUAACCUAAAAAAAGAGAUACAUGUAGCACCCAAGAAAUAAAACAAAGAUCUACCAAAAUACUUGCAAAACAGCUAGUUAAUUGCUGAAAGUCGCAUAAAGUUAAUAUGUGAAGAAGCACCAAACCAAAAAACAAAAAUUCCGGCCACUGGCAGACACAACAGAUUGUUACAAACACUUGCUGCUGUGUGUCAUAAUUCGAAGUCGUUCUUGCCACCAAAUGGGAAGUCGAGGUUUUUCUUGUCCACGGGAAGCAGGACGACAAUCGGUGCUAAACAUCAUGUAUUGGUUGUUUAUGGUUGUUUCAACGUUUUGGCGUUUCGGCUUAAUGGGGUUACCCAACGUGCUCUAAUCGAAUCGAGUGAAAAAAGAGCCUAAACAUAUUUUACUGUCAAAACGAUAGCUCUCAAAGCUUAUGUACCGCCAUAAGGGACACGCUUGGAACUUAUUUGCUCGGAAGAUAAAGCAGAGCAAAUGUAAUAACCGAUUUUAAGGUAUUAUAUGCAGCAUUUCUUAAUCAACAUUCGUAAAAAACCGCGAAUCAUAUGGAAUGUGCACAGCAUUUACAUGGCAACUACCCCUUCCGGAUUGCAAAUGUAUUUUUAUUUUCAGUUGAAUCCGUAGUGAACCGAAAUACUUUCGCUACUGAUCAUUCCACUGUCGAUCCGGAGUGAUGUAUCUAAAACAAAACAAAACAAAACAAAAAAAGUAGUAAAUAAAACGCAACAUAACUAAAUCGUCGGGAAGGGCCAAGCACAGCCGGGUGGAACUUAGGCAAGAGGUAAAAUACGUUAAACGCAGCAUACAAAAUGUGCACAACUUUGGGAGCGAUGGUCUGAGAAUUUUAUACAAGGUAGCACAUGUGAUGGAAUUAGUCAUUUUGAUACUUCCUACUUUUAUAUCAACCAAACCAUGUAACCUUUUGGACGAAACCCAACCAUUAAUGCGCUGCACAGUGGUGAGAUGGGAAGCUUCUGUCGUGAUGUAACAUGAUGCGUGUAUGUGUGUGUUUUUAUGCAUGUAUUUCCCGCUGUGGUUUGCUUAGGUGAUCUUUCUCAAUCUUCCAGAAAUAUUUUGCGAUCGAGCGUAACGACGAUCACUUCUUUGUCCAACACUCUACCCGCUACGACGGCUCGAAGGACAAUUUCUGUCAGCUAUGUGUUCCAUUGUAUUGUUUGUCGUUUGGAACAUCUUUCCCGUCCGUCUUUGGUGUUGUCUUUUGUGUUAUGCAAAACAAAUGUAUGACGGUGUUUGAUAUUAGACGAAUAAUCGACGCCGAUCAUAAGGAUUAGGAAACAAAAAAUCGAACGAAUAAUUAGAGUCUAGCUGAUCGCCGCUCGAUGUGAGGGUAUGUGUAUAUUGGGACUUGCGACGAUAUGCGUAACAAUAUCUUCCGAUAAUGAUAUGGAUUAGCAGCCCCGUUAUCUCACGAUCAUCAUCUAUUUGAUAAGUAUCAUCUAGAGAAUAGUAAGGUAGAAUCUAACGAAAGUUUGGCACUAAUUUUUUGAUGAACAACUCGUGUGGCGGAAGAUGCCGUGCAUGAGAGAGUGGAUGUAGAAUUGGUGAAAGCAUAACAAACACUGUCAUCUUACGCAACGCAACCAAUAAGCAUGGUUCCAGGCGGGCCAGAAUAUCAAUAUAAGAAACGAAUUUCUAUUUGCCUUCGAUGUCGAGGAAACAGUUCCAAUUGAAAUAGCGAAACAACAUUGGUGCAAUGUUAAUUUAGCAAAACGAAAAUGGAUCACGAUGCAGAAGCAUAGGUGGCUUCAUACCCGCUUAUAGUCUGUUACCGAUAGUCAAAGGGUUCGGUGAAACAAUGGAAUGAUGCAAUGAUUUGGUGAGCGAAUAUUCAUUAAAACGGUUGCGCGAAAUGAUCAAAAUGUAACAUUUUGGGUUUGAUAUGUACAUUGUUAUUGUUCGUCCGAACGUAACAAUUGGGUAUUUGAGUUCCAUUUAUGAUUCCAUUGAGUAUGAUGGCGCCAGGGGAACGGAUCCGUUUUAUACGGGUGCAAUGCGAGCGUUAACGAAUUUUGUGCAAUUUUAGAAAUGUUUCAACCAUUCCAUGUGAGGCAUCCAAUGACUUCGACGUCCAGCAAACCGUCAGCCUGUCUAUGAUUUUUUUACCAUCAAAAACAGAAUGAAAGAUAUUUACGAUAGCGAUAUCUAAGCGACACAGUUUUAGUGAAACCUCUGCUUCCCAUCGUAUACAGUCAGAUGACAUCUUUUCUUUACGGCGUAACCUUAUUAACGUGUGAAGGAAGCAAAAAAACGCAAAACGUACACUGAGCGUGAUCGUCAUUAUCAAUCACAAUUCUUAUUACGAAUAUAAACAUAUAUUCUUUGCUACUUUUCAUCCAUGUACCGUUAAGGCACCCUAAUUUAAGCAGAUUGAUGAAAAAGAAUCAAUGCGUCAGCACCCACCAAACGGGGGUGUUGCUAGCUAAACUGACGAAUUGACAAACGAACCGUAAAAGUUUAGUAACGAUCAUGAAUACAAAAAACAAGACGGACGGGACGGGCAGACAGUGCUGAAUCAUCCUAAUACCAAAAUAUACAAUUAACAUAUAGAAUAUUAUAAAAAAAUGAAUUAAAAUAAUACAGACAGCAGCAGGCACGGCAAAGUCAUCUUGUGUGGUAACGAACCUUCUGUUUGAUGUUUGGCGGGAAGAAAUGAGCCGGAAGAAAGAAAUAUGUGGAAAAAAUCUAGCUUAGUGAAAAAUACUGGCCGCCAGAAUGGAGCACUUCGACAGAACAUUAAAAUAAAGUAUUGUCCGUAAACCAAACGCGCUCCCUGCAUGAUAUUGAGGGUGUCACUUGGAACUGCACAGAACAAGUACUGAAACAGACUGGACAGAGAAGAGUGAAAGAAUCCUGCGACAGGAACGAACGACCACAGUUCGGUGUACGUUAAGAUAGUAGCGAUAGCAAAAGCGGUGCAAGUAAAAAAGACAUACAGUAAAUGAGGAAAUGGUUUUACUGUCUACCGUGGACAAACUAAGUCAUUGCAAUAAAGGUAAGAUCCAUGAAUCUAGAGCAAAAAGUGUUCGAAACAACAUUACGAAAUGUGGGUCUUUUUUCUAGAAAAGAACUCGUACCCUCAAAAAUGAGGUUUUGA